AUGUCUAGUGCUGGUGCAGAAAAGGGCAGUCCUCUGAGACUGGUGUUAAUGAUUGCAUCUGCAUCCAUUGGGGGGACUCUUCAGUAUGGAUACAACCUUGCAAUAAUGAAUGCUCCUACAACUUUUAUCCAAACUUUCAUCAAUGAAACAUUCAUAGAGCGAUGGGACAUCCAGUUGGAAGACUACCAGGUGACGCUGGUCUGGACUAUCAUUGUCUCCAUCUUCUCACUGGGGGGGUUUGCCGGAGCUCUUAUUUCUGGGCCUAUGACCAUACGCUUUGGGAGGAAGAAAUGCCUGCUGUUGAACAACAUUUUUCUCAUGACUGCUGCACUCCUAGCACUGCUGAGUCGAGCCGCCAGAUCUUUUGAGAUGAUCAUAAUCUCACGUGUCCUGGUUGGGAUAAAUGCUGGUAUCAGCAUGAAUGUGCAACCUAUGUAUUUUGGAGAAAGUGCACCAAAGCACUUAAGAGGGGCUGUCUCCUUGUCAUCAGCUGUUUUUACAGCAUUCGGUGUCGUGUUAGGACAGGUGGUUGGACUCAGAGAGAUUUUGGGCAGUGAGCCGUGUUGGCAGUACCUUCUUGCCAGUAAUGCCAUUCCUGGCCUCAUUCAGCUCUUGACCCUGCCAUGGUUCCCAGAGAGUCCCAGAUAUCUGCUCAUUGACAGGGGGGACAAGGAGGCUUGUGUUAAUGCUCUAAGACGUCUGCGAGGCUGUGAGGUCCAAAGCAGCGAGCUGGAUGAGAUCCUGCAGGAACAGGCUAAAACCAAAGGAAUGAGGCCGAGCCGACCCUGGGAGCUUUUUACUGAUCGGUCUGUACGCUGGCAGCUCAUCUCUGUCAUGAUCAUUAGCAGUGCCAUGCAGCUCUGUGGCAAUGACUCGAUUUACUUCUAUGCAUCAUAUGUGUUCAAAGAAGCUGGAAUACCAGCUGAUAAAAUCCAGUAUAUCACAAUUGGCACUGGGACAUGUGAAUUCACAGCCUGUAUAAUGUGCAACUUGCUGAUAGAGCGCAAAGGUCGGAGGUUCAUGCUGGCAGGAGGCUUCAUCUUCAUGACCUUUUGGGCUGUCGUCUUCACGAUCGCUCUGUCUUUUGAGGACCGUAUAACCUGGAUGUCAUACCUGAGCAUGGCCUGUGUCUUCACCUACAUUCUCAGCUUUGGCAUGGGACCGGCUGGAGUGACUGGCGUUCUUCCCACAGAGAUCUUCAAUCAGACAGCUCGGCCAGCAGCCUACAUGAUUGCUGGCUCCAUGAUGUGGCUCAACCUGUUCAUCAUUGGAAUGAUCUUCCCAUUUUUAGUAAGCGGGCUGCGUGAGUACUGCUUUGUGCCUUUUGGUGCGGUCUGCCUGCUUUCUGCACUGUAUGUUGGCCUUUUUCUGCCUGAGACCCAGGGGAAGUCUCUGUCAGUCAUCACGCAUGAAUUCCACAGGCUCAAUUUCAAAGGCCAGAACCACCAUUUUGAAUCACAGACCAAAGCUCAGUAUCAGUUGGGUGAAGUGUGUCUUUCCACGGCCUUGUAGACAGACAUUUUCUCCAGAAACAUGCAGUCACAUCCACCGUUUGCCUCAGUUUGAUCUGCUUCAGCGGGAAGAAGUCGUGUGGUCUGGGAGCAACUUUCAUAUCACUGAAAAAUACAUCACUCCACUUUAAAUAUUAUCUGGAAUGUGU